GGGGUCCUCUGUGACGCAGAAGGGAUCGCUGACGGAAGUGACGCUAACGUCCUGCGUGCAGCGGCUGCGUCUGGGAGCAGGAGAAGAUGGCUGUCUCCACAGGAGUUAAAGUUCCUCGGAAUUUUCGCUUGUUGGAAGAACUUGAAGAAGGACAGAAAGGAGUAGGUGAUGGUACGGUUAGCUGGGGCCUUGAAGAUGAUGAAGACAUGACACUUACAAGGUGGACAGGCAUGAUUAUUGGGCCACCAAGGACAAACUAUGAAAACAGAAUAUAUAGCCUGAAAGUAGAAUGUGGAUCUAAAUACCCAGAAGCUCCUCCAUCAGUUAGAUUUGUAACAAAAAUUAAUAUGAAUGGAAUCAAUAAUUCCAGUGGAAUGGUGGAUGCACGAAGCAUACCAGUGUUAGCAAAAUGGCAAAAUUCCUAUAGCAUUAAAGUUGUACUUCAAGAGCUAAGACGUCUAAUGAUGUCCAAAGAAAAUAUGAAGCUUCCACAGCCACCAGAAGGACAGACGUACAACAACUGAUUUUAGUGGAGCUCAAACUUGUCUUAAAUCAACAACAACCUUCUACUCAUGUUAAUGUCUUGAUUAAAUAUCACCAUGAAAAUACCCACAUUAAGUAAAAGAAUUCCAGCUGGUAAACAUGAUCCGGACAGUUGUAAGAAUAUAUUUAAUAUAUUUACACCUAUUAUGUUUUCAGGUAACAGAAGUACAGCACAAUUUUUCUUUCUCUUAAAGCACUGUCGUUUAAACAUGAACCUGAAAUAAUCAAAAUUGAAUUCAGGUUUUCAAGACAAAAGCAUGGCAAAGGAGUGUCAGAUGGCAGUGGAAACCUUUGUCUUUCUGGAAAGUAAAGUCUCAAGAAGGAAGAACAGAAAUGGCAUGCUUUAUCCAUUAUCCUUAGACUGCAGUGAACUGUUUAAAGUAGCAGGUAGAAUGAAUAGACACAGUUGUAUUAACUCUUGAAGCGGGUGUGGGUGCUGACUACUAUAGCAUCAAAAAUUGCUUCAGGAUUGUUUUGAUACCUGUAUUUAAAAUAAAAAGAUGUUGGGGUAUUGAUGAA